AUGACAGCACGCAUAGAAAAAGUCCUAGCUUCCAAGGAUCCCAGCUUGACGGAUGAAAAUGACUGGGAGGAGUUCAGCUUGAAGGACGUCAAGGUCUACAUUCCUGGUAAGACGCGCUAUGCGAACAUCCUCUCUGCAUCGGAGGAUAACCCCUUGAUGGUUACCGGUCAGCUCGAGGAAGUUGAUGAAGGUCAAGAAUCUCUUGUUCUCGACGGUGACUACCUUCAAAAGCGCGUGGUCAUUCAAAAUGUGACGCACUAUGCAUAUGGGCAAGACGGUGAUGGUGGAGUUGGAAUCUGGGCAGCUGGCGAUGCGGGGUGGUUCUCGAUAUCUCCUGCGAAGGGCUACAAGCCUAUGUUCCAGGAGGUUGUUGAAGCUGUUGAUCUGCUAUAUUUCCUAGUUGAUCAGCACCAGCCUAAGAAGCGGAAGGGGAAGAGCCGGAAAAAAUUGACCUGGGAGUUCUUGCUGGAUGAGUAUACACGGCACACGCAUGGUGCUUGUGAGGAUGCCGAAGAAUCGUUGGAGGUCUUCAACAAGCAUCAUGAGUUUCUCAUUCGGCAAAUGGUUCAAGGGAAAGAGGACAUUGACUGGCCUAGCACCUUGGUGUAUUCUCAUUUACGUGAAGAGUAUCCGGUACCAAACCCCUGCCCUGGCUUACAUUCUAUAAUGGACUUGUUCAACGAUCUCCAUUCGGAGGAAGACUCGAAAUCGGACGUGGUAAUGGAGAACUCCCCUCCUGGAGAUAAUGCUGAAGAAAAUUCUCAGGCCAAUACCAUUUUCGAGAUUAUCCUGGAAAUGAAAGAUGCGGGACUGUUGGCUCAGCGGAAGCUACAUUUGAAGAGCGUGGCCGAGGAAUUGCUGGAGCAAUACGAGAUGAGCUCUUUGGAGGAUGCAAUCAACCUGGUAAAUUCACGGGCCGGGAGUGUGAUAAAACUUAUGGAUGAAGCGCAGGGUACUGCCUCCUCGGACUGGCAUCGAAGAGCAAUUUAUCGGCAACUGAAAGAGGCUACGGAACUUGAAGAUAUUCCACCAGUUGGCGCAACGCCUCUUCGACGUCGACAGAAUAUAGACGCAUCCGAAUCAGGCCCAGAAUCAGAAGAGGAUGAGGAGGACGAAGGUCGAGUGAAGAAGAAUCGGAGGCGGAGAAACCGCAAAUCAAUCCUUCGACCAAAGACAUCUGAAAAGGCGGGUAAACGAAAUCGGGACUACGCCUCCGUGGACUCUGAAGAGGAGAUGGAGGAUAUCCUUGUUGCAGAAGACACACCAACAAAAGGAGGAGCACAAUUGCUUCAUGAAUCCUCGCCUGCGGAAAAUCAAGAUCAUCCAUACUCUGAUGGAGAGGCCAACAAAGAUGACAAAGACGGCACUGCAGUAGUGAACGGAAAUGUUCCACCAGACACAUGGGUUUGUCCUGUUACCGGCUGUGGCAAGCAAAUACCGAGAGCUACAUUGAAGAGAUCGAAGGGAGCAAUUGAUGAUCAUAACCUCGUCCACGCAGAUGACACCCAGUCAAAACUUGACUUGGUCUUUGCAGAGCAACGACUCAACGUCAAUGUCUCAGUCAACAACUUGUUAAGCCGUAUCCGCGGUUUAGGUGGUCCUGCGCUUCCAGAUAUCAUGGGAGAUCCUAUUGAUCCUGAUCCUACACUCACAAAUAUGGACAUAUGA